AUGUUUCCUUUUUCGAUAAUUUUAUCAUUUCUUUCUCUUUCUCUUUAUUGUUAUUUCAAUUUUCAUGUAUUCGUUAUUCGUCCUAAUUUAUAUUUUUAUUAUUUUGCCCGCAUUUCUUUUUCUUUCAUUUUACACAUUUUAAUUUUCUGUCUUUCCUUGUUUUUUCAAUUUUUUUUUUUCCUUAUUUUUUAUUUUUUUUCUUUCGUUCCAUAUUUCUUCAUUUAUUCUUUUGUUUUCUUAUUUUCCCUUUUUUUCUUCUUUUCCUCAUUUUUUCAUUUCGUAUCUUUCCUUGUUUUUCAUUUUUUUCUUUCUUUCCAUAUUUCUUCAUUUAUUCUUGUGUUUCCAUAUUUUUUUUCUUUUUCUUUCUUGUCACUAUUUCUUCAUUUAUUCCUGUAUGUCCUUAUUUUUCAUUUUUUUUCUUUCUUUUCCUAUUUCUUCAUUUAUUCCCUAUUUUUACAUUUUUCUUCCUUUCCUUGUUAUUUCAUUUUUUUUCUUUCCUUGUUAUUUCAUUUUUCUUUUCACAUAUUUUUCUUUUAUUUUAUUUUCAUAUUUUAUAUUUCUUUCCUAUUUUUCAAUAUUUUCUUUAUUUCCAUAUUUUUAAUUUCUUUUUCCUUCUUUCCUUAUCUUUUUAAUUCUUUUUUUUUAUUCUUAAUUUUUUCUUUCGUUCCUUAUUUUAUUAAUUUUCUUUCUUUCCUUAUUUUCAUUUUUUUUUCUUCCUUUCUUUAUUUUUUCUUUAAUUUUCUUCUUUUUUUUCUUUCUUCUUCUUUUCUACCAUUCGUUCUCUUUCUUUAUGCCCUUUCAUCCUUUUUUUCACUUUCUUCCUUCCUUCCUUCCUUCCUUCCUUCCUUCCUUCCUUCCUGCUUUCCCCCUUUCUUACUUCGUUCCUUCUUUCGUCUCUUUCUUUUCUUUCUUCUUUCAUCUCUCUUUCUUUUCUUUCUUUUUUCUUUCUUUCUUUCUUUCUUUUUUCUUUUUCUUUCUUUUCUUUCUUUCUUUUUUUGUUCUUUUCUUCUUUCGUCUUUUUUUCUUUCUUCUUUCUUUUUUCGUUUCUUUCUUCAUUCGUCCCUUUCUUUCUUUCUUUUUUCCUUUUUUUCUUUCUUUUCUUCCAUCCUUUUUGUUCUUUUCUUCUUUCUUUUCUUUUCUUUUCUUUCUUUCUUUCUUUCUUUCUUUUCUUUCUUUCUUUCUUUCUUAAAACAAUCCCUUUCUGCCUUCCUUCUUUUUUUUUUUUUUUUUUCGUCACUUUCAUCCUUCCUUUCUUCUUUCGCCCCUUUCUACUUCGUCUCUUCUUUCGUCUCUCUCUUCUUUCAUUCCUCCCUUUAUUCCUUCCUUUUUUCUUUCGUCAUUUUCUUCCAUCCUUCCUACUUUCGUCCCUUUCUUACUGCGUUCUUUCUUUCUUUCUUUCUUUCUUUCUUUCUUUCUUUCUUUCUUUCUUCAAUGUUUCUUAGUUAA